AUGGAUCCCCUCGAAGAAUCGCCAUGGGGCGAUUCGCAACCUAACUCCGAACCCUCCUCGCAACCGCCGUCCCAGAAUGAGCCGGCAUCGACAUCGCAGGACUCAGCCAAGUCAGAGGCACCCGCUACGACUUCCGCACCCCGUCCGUCACGUUCCGGACCUGUCCGCCGGCUAGUAGCCCAGCCAACCCGUCUCGAGGCCGUAGAUGACCCUCUCGGCCCUCUGGGUCCCCUUGGCGCUCCCGCCGCCGCCGACAAUGGUGGCGACGCGGGCCAGGACGCUCCGCCCGUCCCGCCCCAGAAGGAACAAAUGGUUAUCCGCACCACGAUGCCGACCCAGCAGGCCCGGCGCUCUGGACCGGCCGACCCGCACCACAUUGACGAGGACGACUACGACCGCCCCUCGGGCCCGAGACAGCCGCCGCCCGUUCAGGCUGCGCAUCCCAGUCCCGUCCGGACGCAUACCCAGCCCAGCGUGAGCGUGGAGCAGGCUAGCAAACCGAGCUUCCAAAUCACAGUGGGCGACCCGCACAAGGUUGGCGACUUGACAAGCUCGCAUAUCGUUUAUUCUGUGCGGACCAAGACGUCCUCCAAGGCCUACAAACAGGGGGAGUUCGAGGUCAAGCGCAGAUACCGUGACUUCCUGUGGCUUUACAACACCCUUCAUGGCAACAACCCGGGAGUUGUCGUGCCACCUCCGCCAGAGAAGCAGGCCGUCGGUCGCUUCGAGAGUAACUUUGUUGAAGGACGGCGGGCUGCUCUCGAGAAGAUGCUGAACAAGACCGCGGCUCACCCCACGCUGCAGCACGACGCCGACCUGAAACUGUUCCUCGAGAGCGAGUCGUUCAACGUUGAUGUCAAGCACAAGGAGCGGAGGGAACCGAUCCCGGGUGAGAGCAAGGGUGUUCUCGGAAGCCUGGGAAUCAGCGUCGGCAGUAGCAACAAGUUUGUUGAGCAGGACGAUUGGUUCCACGACCGCAAGGUCUACCUCGACGCCUUGGAGAACCAGCUCAAGGCGCUGCUCAAGGCCAUGGAGUCAAUGGUUGGCCAGCGCAAGAUGAUGGCCGAGGCCGCCGGAGACUUCUCGGCGUCCCUCCACGCGCUGUCUACUGUGGAGCUCUCGCCGUCUCUCUCAGGACCCCUGGACGCGCUGUCGGAGCUCCAGCUUACCAUUCGCGACGUCUACGACCGCCAGGCGCAGCAGGACGUCCUGACUUUUGGCAUCAUCAUCGAAGAGUACAUCCGUCUCAUUGGCUCGGUCAAGCAAGCUUUCGGACAGAGACAAAAGGCCUUUUACGCGUGGCACUCGGCAGAGUCUGAGCUACAGAAGAAGAAGAACAGCCAGGACAAGCUCCUGCGGCAAGGCAAGAGUCAGCAGGACAGGCUGAACCAGGUCAGCGCCGAGGUGGCCGAUGUAGAGAGAAAGGUGCACCAGGCCAGACUUCUGUUCGAGGACAUGGGUCGGCUGAUGAGGGCGGAGCUGGACCGCUUUGAGCGGGAAAAGGUUGAGGACUUCAAGAGCGGCGUUGAGACGUUCUUGGAGAGCGCGGUGGAGGCACAAAAAGAGUUGAUUGAAAAAUGGGAGACGUUCCUGAUGCAGCUGGACGCCGAAGACGACGAGACGGUCUUUUACCGGCCGCCCGUCAUCCAGGCAUCGGGCAAGCCGCCUGGCAACACGGCCAUCGACAGGGCUCGUGCCACCAUCAACGACGACUCCGACUAG